AUGCAGCCAGAGGACCCGCUGCUGGAGCUGAUCGCAACGCUCUUCUUCCGGUUUCUUGGCGAUCUGCCGGCAGCAGGGCCGGCCGAGGCGACGGCGCAGGCCGGUCUGCCCUCUGGCUGGACCUGGCCCGCCACGGUGGCCGCUCUCGAGCGCCACCUGGCCCAGCUCUUCCCCCUGGCGCUGGGGCUGAUUGAUGGCGAGGCUCCCUCGGCAGGGGGCCAGCUCCCCGCGCGGCUGGCCGGCGCGCGGCCGGGUCUGGUCGGCGAUCUUCGGCCGCCUAGUUGCUUUUCGACCGACGUCCCGGCCGAGGCCCUGGCACUGGAGGGUGUCACCCUGGAAGCUGGCGGCCCCGGCUUGGCCGCCUUCCACAGGCAUUUGGCCCUCCUGCAGGCGGAUCUACUGGCACUGAUCCACCUGCUUCCUUGGCGGGUGGUCCCGGUUUUCCUGCGCCAGGCCCUGCUGACGGCGUGUCUUCUGCACGCCGGGGUCCUCGCGUCGGCGGCCCUGCAGCAUGUAAUCCCGGAGCCGGUGGAGCAGGCCCUGUUGCUCGCGGCCGUGGUCCUCAUUGACCGGGGGCUGGUCUUUGGCGCGCCAUGGGACGUCCCGGCCCCGGGGCCCGGGCAACCUGCAGGCAUGAGCACCAUGCCCCUGAAUGCUCUGGCCUCGCAACUGGCACGCAUCCUGGCAUCGCGCAUCCGUCAGCCCGAGCCCCAAGCGCCCCAGGUGGAUCUGACCUCGGGCUUCAGCCUGGCCGAGGCGUCGAUGAUGCGCGGCCCGGCCCCUGUGGCGGCUCCUUCGGCCGACAAUGACUGUUGGGCUGAAGCCGAGCCGGCGGCACACUUUGCCCGGUUGGCUGCGGAUUUUGAGGCUCUACUGCAAUCGGCGGCCGCCUGCCCGACCACCAGCAUCACCAACACCGCCACCACCCCCCCCGCGGCCACUGCUGCCGGCGGAACUCCCGACAUGGAUGGCAGUCCGGUGCCGCGCCUGCUGGCGCGAAUGGCCGAAUUCCCGCACUUCCCCGCGGCCCUGGAUUUGCGGCUGCUGGGAAGCUUCUGCACGACCGGCCAACACUCGCUGGCACCCUGGGCUCCUCCGGGCGAGCCGGCCCCGGGCCCGGCCUCCGUGCCGGAGUUGGCUUUCGACAGCCCGGCCGAUGCGGGUGGCUUCCUGCGAGCCGCGUGCGCGACGGUCGAUCACCCCCCGCGAGCCGUACUGCUGGGUGGCCUGGCGGAUGGGUGGCCGGCUGUGCGACGCUGGGCCGGGCCCCAGCGGCUGGUGGCUCGACUUGGCGGCCGGCACCGGUCGGCUCCGGUGGAAUUGGGGGCUUCCUACUGCCCGAGUCCCGAGGCCGGCUGUUCCGACGCCAAUUGGCAGCCGCGCGUGGUCUUCCUCGGGGACUUGGCCGGACACAUUGGCCAACAGACGGCCCGACAUCGGGCGGCCGGGUCGCCCGACAACCCGACCCCGGCCUACCUGGCACAGUUCGAUCUCUUCCAUCACUUCCCGGAGGUGCGCGGGGACAUUUGCAUCCCGGACCUGUGUUUCCUGGCACCCGAUGAGCUGCUUCACCUGGCCGGGAUGUUGUCAGCCGAUGGCGAGUCCGGCUGGCCGGAUCCGCCCCCGGUGGAGACCAACGUCUGGAUCGGCCCCCCCGGGACAUACUCCCCCCCGCACACCGACCCCCGGGAUAACAUCUACACCCAAGUCCACGGGUUCAAGGUGUUCCGGAUUUGGCCACCGACCGAAGGGCCACACAUGGCUGCCCCGACGAGCGGGGCCCUGCACAACACAUCUGCCGUGCCCCUGUUGGAGCUUGGCCGGCGACAGGCGGCCGGGCCACCGGAUCCCGGGUCACCACCAGACCCCCUGGGGCCGAUCGCCGCCGAGCACCAGCAGGCCCGGUAUGUGGAUGUCCUCCUUGCCCCUGGGCGAUCGCUUUUCAUCCCCCGCGGGUGGUGGCACGCGGCGCGGUCGCUCACCUCCGGGGCCGGAGUCAACAAUUGGUUCGACCUGCAUGCCUUCCUUGGCCAAUGA